UGGAAUAUUUAUGUAAUUAAGUAUGCUGUGACAAUGAAUUCAUAUUGUAUGUAAUUAAAAUAAAAAAAACGUCCCAAUAAACCGGAAACCGUAGUUGUUAUGACAACGUGUUACGCCGUUCAAACACCAACUUAAUUUCUUAACACCUUUAUUAGAAAUAUCUAUAAACGAUGGACAUUUAAUAAAAUAUUUGUUCAGAGAAAGAAAAGAAACAAGUUUCAAAAUGACUCUUCCUUUGAAGUCGAUGCAAUCGAAGGUACCUGACACAUAUUCCAAAAUCAACAAACUGGAACUGCCACCUCCUAAACAAAAUACCCCAAAGAAGAAAACCUGCUUUGACGAAAGGACUAUCAUUAGCAAAUCUGAAAAUUACAGCAAUGUAUCGUAUAGGAGUGAAUCUUGGGAAGACCCUGCCGAGAAGAAACAUAAACCGAAAUUACUUCAACAGUUGGAAUUCUUCUUAGAGAAAGAAUUAUAUUUGCUUGGAGUUAGCAAUCAUGAUGUUAACGACAUUUCUCUGCAGGCUCACCAAGAAGCUUUUGAAUAUUUAAUUGAUAACUUUAAGACAUACAAAAGUAUAUUGUCUUCUAUCAAAAAUUCAUAUGAAGUAACUCUGAGUAAACUGCGGUCACAACUCCGCGAAUUAGAUUUAAUGAAGCAAAUGGUUGUUACUACUGCUGAAAAAUAUGAAAAGAAGAUCAUGGAUGUUUAUGAGGACAAAAAACAAGAACUUGUUUUGAUGGAAGAACAGCACAUCAGGCUGCAGAAAAACGUGCAAAGUUUGUUGGAGCAUAAACGGGAUAUCGAAUAUAUACUAGGUAGAUUGAAGGAGGAAGUAGACGACAUUCAUGAGAAAUAUGAUCAGCAACGUAGUCGUCAUAAGAUGCUGGUCACCGAAAUAAACCAUCUUCUUGCCCAGCAGCAAUUCACAAUGAAACAAAUAAUGAAACGCCGAUCGUCAGACGGUGCACCACCAGAAGUUCAAGAAGAUCCCGUCGCUCUUAAGAAUGCAGUCAAAGAGGCAAAGUUAAAAGAAAGAACUGCAAGCAAAAUGUAUUCUCAAAUGAAUGCAAAUUAUUGUGAUGUUUUACCAAGAAAAGAUUAUGAUUCUUUCAAAAAGAAAUACGACGAAGAAAUGACGACCUAUGAAGAUUUACUGAACACUUACAAACUAUUUGGAUCUGAACAUGGAAUUUUAUUAAAGAUGAACCAAAAUCUAACAGAGGAAAGAAACCAUUAUUACCAACAGCAGCAGAAACUACAGUCAAUAUCAGGAGCAAUACAACAUUGGAAGAAAUGUGUUGGCUAUAUCACUGGCGAAGAUGUCAGCUGGCAAGAAAUAUCCUCUGAGGCAGCCUCCCGGGAACUUUUACAAGUUUUGAUACAAACUAUCAGUGCAAAGGAAGCUGCUCAUCUUGAAAUGGAUAUAACUUCAUUUACUGGAAAGGGUCUUUCUCCAGAUGUUCCAAAACUCUUGAGAUAUGAAGGGAAAGUCAAUAACCGACGGAUGACUCCGCGAGAUUGUGUCUACUUCAUUAAAGAUAUUUGGUCUAACCGAGUGUAUGAAGAAGAGAGCAACCUCAUGGAGUUUCUUGAGGCUUACAUGAUGAAGCAAUUCCCAGAUGAGACUUUGAGGACUGAAUGGUCUUAUACGUUCUACUUCACACUAAAACAAUUGUCGCCAAUUAACAACUACGUCAAGCUUUUCUGGAAAAUACUUAACGAAGAGAUAGAAGAAAGUGUCCACCAUUGUCAAGAAAUAUUCACAAGAACUUUGGAGGGCCAUUGUCGUACAAAUCGUAGGCCUGAAGCCAAAUAUAUCUCCAAAGCAGAAUUCCACAUACUUUUAGAAGAAUUUUUGAAAGGAACAAAAGCAGAUUUUAUUACAUCAUUAGUUGACAAAGCUGCUACACAAUUAGAAAGUGAUAAAAUUUAUAUAGAAAAAUUGCUACACGAGACUGCAGAAGGAGAAAUCGGUCCAUUCUUGAGUUCCAUUAGAGAGUGGCUGAGAAGAGCUUGGAAGAAUUACAUUGAAAAUAUUUCCAAGAUAAUUGACAUCAAAUAUAUCUACCCAGAUGAUAUUGCAACCUGGUUUGAAAAGUCAACAAUUACCAAUAUGAAACCACUUUCACUCAAAAAGUUACAGUGUUGGUGUCUCGGUUUAGAAGCAAAGGAACUGGCGAUUGCUCAGCCAGUAUUAGUGGAAAAUGUAUUAGCAAAGUUACACCAAGUUGGUUUUGUUUAUAGCCCUUCAUAUCAUGGAAUGUAAAAGGUAGGCUAUUAGACAUUAAUUUCCUCCAAAGAAACUAGAAAAUAUACUGUUGUAUUAACUUCUUAAAUAAAACAUUCAAAGA